CGGACAUUUGAAAAUUUCAAAACUCAUUUUCCCUCCGCUCCUCCAACUCAUCAGCCCCCAAUCUACACCCAAACACAACAAACCUAAAUUAUUACAAUUACCUAGACCAAGAUUUACCCAAACAUACAAUCACGAUGUCUGCUUCAUCACUUCGCCGGAGUAAAGACCCUACCUCCGGCACCGGAUUAACUGCCGUCAAACCCACCAUUGCAUCAAGACCCAUCAAAUCUAUAACCCCAGUUUCUAAAUCAGUGUUGGGUAGUGGUGGAAAAGAGUCAAUUAAAAGAUCUAGUGGAAAAGAAAACCCUAGGCCCAGUUCAGGAAUCAGGGCUGCUGAUGCAUCUGUGAAGCCUGUGAUGCGAAAUGUGCCAAGAAUUGAAAAGGGGUCUGCUGGUUUCGAUGCUCGUCUUCGAUGGUCUACGUCGUCUGUUCCGAGAGGUAGAAGUUCUAGCCCUUGUGAAUUUAAUAGGGGAUUAGGUGGUGUGAGUAAAGCUAGGGUUUUGAAUAGUGGUAAGAGUAAGGGGUUGGAUGAUGGGAGGGAAAAGAAGGGGUCUUUGAGGGAUUUGAGUGUGAGGGGUGGUGGGAAUAGUGAAAUUAAGAGAAGGGAAUCGAGGGGUUUGGUUAGGAAUGUGGUGGGGUUGGAAAAAAGUAGUGAUCUUUCGAAGGAUUUGGAAGUUGUAUCCAAGGAAAGGGAGAGUUCUAUGUAUCGGGGUGGGAGUCGAGCUAGGGAGGAAGUGAGGAGUCGGUCUAGUGUUCGUUUGAGGUCUAGUGAGGUAAGUGAAAAGGGGGUAAAAGAGGUUGGGAGAAUUUCUUUGAGUAGAUCAAGUAGUGUGAAUGGAUCAAAUGGGAAAUGUGCAAGUGAAGGAGCUGCAUUGGUGUCUGCUAGUAAGUAUCCAAGUAAACUGCACGAGAAGCUUGCAUUUUUGGAAGGGAAGGUUAAGAGGAUAGCAUCGGAUAUUAAGAAGACUAAGGAGAUAUUGGAUUCGAAUAAUCCAGAUGUUUCAAAGGUGAUCAUUACUGAUAUUCAAGAAAAGAUAUCUGGAAUUGAGAAGGUAAUGGGCCAUGUUGUAGAUACUAGUGACUCAAAGUUGUGUGUUGUUGACCGUCCUUCUGAGGAUAAACAACAGACCAGUGCAGCAGGGAUGAGUCAAAUUGAUGUGGAUCAAACUAAAAGUUCGGUCAAAGGGCUUAAUACUGAGGAGUUAGAAGCAAGAUUAUUCCCACAUCACAAGUUACUUAGAGACAGGACUACCCUGAAAACAACUUUAGAAGGCUUGCUAAGUGGCUCACAGACUGGGGAGCCUAAUGUUGUAGAAAUUACAAGUUCAUUAAAGGUGGAGGAUAAUUCAUCUAUUCCUGUUGACGAGAAUCCUAUAGCAGUGGAAUUUCUAGCUUCACUGAGAGAUGACCAGUCUAAGGGUACUAAUAAACGGGACAAUCAGACAUUGAACUACGGUGCUGUCCAGGAAAUGGAUGGUGUUGGGAAUACAGCUGCUCAUGAGCAUUCAAAUAUGGUAACUGGAGGUGGUCCGCUGGAUCUUUUGCUCACAACAAGUGAAACACUUGAUGAGUUUGAUGAUCAAGAGAAUUUUCCGACUAUGGUAAUAGAUGAAGAGUCUGAAGAGAGUUGCAUUUAUCAGCUUAAUAAUAUUGGUCACAAGACAGCGACCGGAGGAUGGUUUGUGUCUGACGGAGAAUCCGUCCUUCUUGCACACGAUGACAGCUCAUGUACCUUUUAUGAUGUUGCCCACUGUGAGGAGAAAGCUGAAUAUAGGCCCCCAGUUGGAGUUUCACCUAAUGUCUGGAGGGACUGUUGGGUAAUUCGUGCCCCUAGUGCAGAUGGUUGUUCUGGAAAAUAUGUUGUGGCAGCAUCUGCAGGGAAUACCAUGGAUUCAGGUUUUUGCUCAUGGGACUUCUAUACAAAGGAGGUGAGAGCAGUUCAUAUCGAAGAUGGGGCAAUAAAUACAAGAACAGCUCUUGCUCCCUUACCUAAUAACCCCUUAUACACAAGGAAUACUCUGUCUAGUAUUAUGGCACCUGAAAACCAGCAAUGGUGGUAUAAACCUUCUGGACCACUCAUCAUAUCGACAGCUAGUCAUCAGAGGGUUGUCAAAGUUUAUGAUAUCCGUGACGGUGAGCAUAUCAUGAAAUGGGAGGUGCAGAAGCCGGUGCUUGCAAUGGAUUAUUCAAGCCCUUUGCAGUGGAGAAACCGGGGAAAGGUUGUCAUAGCAGAGGCAGAAAGCAUUUCUCUGUGGGAUGUGGACUCACAAAAUCCUCAAUCAUUGCUGUCAGUUUCUUCAUUUGGCAGGAAAAUUUCAGCCCUUCAUGUGAACAAUACAGAUGCCGAGAUGGGUGGAGGAGUUCGCCAGAGGGUAAGCUCUUCUGAAGCAGAAGGUAAUGAUGGUGUGUUCUGCACUUCUGAUUCUAUAAAUAUAUUAGACUUUCGUCAUCCUACUGGUGUGGGUUGUAAGAUACCCAAGCUUGGUACAAGUGCACAAUCUGUGUUUUCUCGUGGAGACUCCAUAUAUAUAGGCUGCACCAACAUAAAGUCAUCCAUGAAAAAGCAAUCAUCUUCCCAGGUCCAACAAUUUUCCUUACGGAAACAGAGGCUUGUUAGUACUUGCACAUUGCCAGAAUCAAAUGCUCACUCCCAUUACACAGCCAUAACACAAGUCUGGGGAAAUUCAAACCUUGUCAUGGGAGUAUGUGGAUUGGGAUUGUUUGCUUUUGAUGCCUUCGAUGAUGAAAUGCAAUCUUGCAGCAGUGAUUAUGGCAUCAUGCAGAAAGUGAGAGAUGUGAUUGGACCAGAUGAUAUGUAUUCCCCAUCUUUUGAUUACUUGGGUUCUCGAGUGUUGCUUGUGUCAAGAGACCGCCCAGCAAUGUGGAAGUACCUGUUCUAGUAUUUAUGAGCAGAAUGACUCUGAAGUUUGUAUUAUUACUCCUUGUGCAUGCUUGUGAUGCAUUCAACCAUUUUUUCUAGUUAUUUGUGUUUUGCACUAAUAUGUAUAUUAUUAAGCUAUCGUUUUUUUCUUA